AUGAGUGAGGCCAUUGUUGUGCUCGCGAGUCAGUCGCCGAAUCGGCUCAAGCUGCUGCAGCAGAUUGUGAGAGAAUCUGAAAAUGUGAAAUUCGUUUAUUUUCGAUCUUCAGGGACUCAAAAAUGUGAUCGUAAAGGUGUCGAAUUUCGAAGAGAAUCUACCGAAGACACUGCCGGUCAAACAAUUUGUCGUUGAGACCGCAAAGGGAAAGUUGGCGACGAUUGUGGAGGAAAUGAAAAAGAAAGAGGCAGGAAGCGCGGCUAACGGAAAGUCGAUGACAAUUUUCAAUAUUUAGGAGCCGUACUCUGUGAUCGUGGCCUGCGAUACUGUCAUUGAGUUCAACGGAGAAAUAAUCGGAAAACCGACAGAUGCGAAUGACGCAGUUGAGACCUUGAAGCGGUCCGUAGUCAAAUUAUUCGAGCCCAUUAAGUUCUUGCAGACUCCGCAACAAUACGCACAACGUCUACACCGGAAUGGCUCUUCACUAUCGGGACGCCGAUAAAUACGAAGAGCUCGUCGAGAAGACGAUCGUACAUUUCGGAGACAUUCCCGACAGAGUCAUUCAGCAAUACGUAGACAGCGGAGAGCCGCUGUGAGUCAAAUUGUCGAACCAAAAGAAACGAAAAGAAAACUGCCAAUUUCGUAUCAAGCCCUUGUAUCUUCAUCUUUCUAGCCUUGCUUUCAUUUUUGUGACGUCACAUCAACCAGCUGUUCCUAUCUUCUCGCAAGCAAAAGGGCGUUUUCUUCACUUUUCGGCAUCAACAAUCAAUUAAAAAGCUUAAGAAGACGUUAAAUUUUAGUGUUGCGGCAGCAUGACCUAACAUUUACGCUAGCAAAUUCUAGGCCGCCUUAUUCACUAAUUUACUGACCGAGUAUAUCGAAAAUUGUAGGAAGAAGGCCGGAUCGUACGGAAUCGGCGAGUUCGGCGCCGUCUUCGUUCGCGGGAUCGAAGGAUGUAUGCCGAACGUGGUGGGAUUGCCGUUGCACCGUCUACACCAGGCACUCCUCGCGAGAAAUAUUCUCUAA